CACUUUCUCUCUUACACGCAGAACAUCAGACGUGCAGACACAACAAGCUCGAGCAGAAUACUGAUUCCAGCCCAGCUGAAGUCAACAGCCCGUUCAGACGACUGAUAUUGGGGGCAUGUGUGAAGACGCAGGUGAAUCAGUUUUCUGGCUUAUUCAGACUGAGAAAGAGGCAUGUCGAUUUUGCGGAUUUUACGAUGUCCAGAGCUUCAGUGGCCUCCAUCGGUCAGCAGCGCCACAUCGCUCUCCAGCAGCUGGAAGCCAUUGCAACCACAACUCAUUCCUUUCUGGGUCCAAAUAAACGUCAGAAGUUCAUUCAGGAUGAGGAUGGAGGUAACGUGGCGUUGGUCAGCUCCUCUGCACGUCUGCUGGAGAACGUAGAGAUGGACAGUUCUGUCGCUCAGCUGCUCAAUGAGACCAUACAGGCUCAUCAGAAGAUCCUCCGGUCUGGGACAAACACGCUGGUGUUUCUGACCGGGAUCUGGAGUAGAGUCGCACUGGAUUGUCUGCAUAGAGGAAUAAGUGUGUUACGCAUUAAAAAUGCCAUGACUAAAGGACUAGAGGUGUGUUUGGAGGCGUGCAGACGCUCGGCUGUAUGUUUGGAAGAAGUGUCCGGCAAGAAAGACUUGGACGUCUUUGAGAGAAAGAAAACGGAGGAAAAGCUCCCUCAAAAUAUCAGGUUAACACUGAAGCACAGCAGACACUUUACUUCAAAUGAUCUUCAAGCUGUGAAAAGCGCUGAUGUGUCUCAUGUAGCACACGGCGUCAGCCACGGAUGUCAGGACUCCAUGAAUUUAGUUUUGGAAGCUUACAAGCUGCAGUCUGGAUAUAACACGAGUGCGCUGGAUAUCCAAAAGCUGGUCACAUGUCCGGUGUCCGGCCCUUCCGAGAAACACUCGCGUGUGCUACACGGGUACGUCGUGCUGGUGUCGGCAGAACAGUCUUCGGUGGUUCAACACCUUCAGGAGCAGACGUUAAAAAUCGCUCUGGUGACCGGAGACUUGAGCGAGAAAUAUCGCCACGUGGGCUUUAACCGGCCCGCACACAUCACACACGUCACAGAUCGUCCUGACGUGACGUGUGCGAGCCGUGAAGAGCGCUGGAUCGAGAAGGCAUCCAAAACACUGCGGCGUCUGAGCGUAGAUGUUCUGCUUGUGAGCGGUGCGGUGUCUGUGAAGCUGAAGGAUCAUUGCAUUCCCUACAACAUUCUGGUCGUUGAAGGUGUGAGAACUGACAUUUUGAAGGACUUCAGCACAUCCACGGGUGCCGUGCUCGUGUCAUACAUCACACAGCUCACCGAACGAUGCGUGGGCCGAGGGCUGAAGAUCCGUCGAUGGAGGGAGUUCAGCAGCCACGGCGGGAAAAAUGAAUCGACCGCCAUCAGCAUAACAGCUGCAGGCACGUCUCUGGUCACGGCGGUCAUUACCAGCUCCGUACGUGCCGAGUUACGAAGCCUGGAGGAUCGGUUCUGGAGCUGCGCUCACCGUCUGCACCAGGCGUUUACAGACGGGAAGCUUCUGCGGGGAGCGGCGGCCACAGAGCUUCUCUGCAUCCAGCAGAUUUAUAAAUCCACACGGACUGGGAUGGAAAACCCACAUGAGAAGGUUGUGAUGCAGCUGAUGGCCGACGGCUGGAUGGACUAUAUCUCCACACUGAUGCUGAACUGUGGGACGGUCUCAUGUAAAGCCGAGGCUCGGACGUCUGUCACACGCCUGCUGAGACUCCGCGAGGACGGAGAACCCGUGUGUGUUAAAGCAUUAUGGGCCCCGAUGGAGGCGGAGACAGAUUCUGAGACUUCUGUGUAUGAUAAUGUGACUGUGAAGUUUGAAGCUUGGAGGAGAGCAUUAGAUCUGGUGCUUCUUGUUCUUCAGUCUGACACUGAGAUCAUUACAGGUGUCAGUGAAGGAGAAAAUGUUUAUAAUGAGUUUGUGUUUCUUUAAGACGAACGGACUUUAGUCAGGAUACAUGGCAUGUUUGAUUUUAAGGGCUUUAAAAACAACCUCUUCAUUAGUUUGUACUGUUGUGCACCACUUUGUUAAGUACAACCUAUUGUCAGCAUCUAUAUAUCUGCGUCAAAAUGUCAUCUUUUCUAACUAGAGGCUGUUGGACAGUGUAGUAGAAAUAUGUGAUUUCAGAGAAUCAUUAUUUUCUAUCAAAAUGGAUCAAAAUGUUUCAUUAAUUAUCUGUCUGUUUUAUCAUGUUGAAUUGAAUAAAUGAAUUAAUUAAUGAAAUUAUUAGGAUCAUUCUUAAGAAAGGGGCUUUUGUGAUUUUUUGUGACUCUCUCUAUGUUUACUGCACUGAAACUAAAAAAUGUGUUUUUAAUGUAUAUUAUUAAAUACUGCCACCAGGUGAACAUAAAUGUGUACCACAAAGCAGGAUUUUGCAAAUGAGCUAAUGUUACUACUUUAUGAAAGUUUCCAUGGGACUGUUCAUUUUGUGUUUUUGUCCGAACUCAAAUCUCGAAUCACUUUUGUUUAUUAAAGGUAUUUGUUCAUUAAAACGUAUAAUUCUUAACAUGU